CUGGGAUGGGCACAGCAUCACAUGCCCCCAAUGAAUUGUUUAACAGCCAUCUGCUUCUGAGCAUUGUUCAACCUGGCGGGAUCCUCAGAACGAGGAGGUAAACAGAAUUCUGGGAAGCCCACUUCUGGUGUGUAGAAGCUCUGGCCUCCUCUGACCCCACACCUCCUGCUCCCUGUUGCUGGCUCCUUGAACUUUGAGCCUCACCUAGUUCCUCUGUGUGGACGGAGGCUUCCCAUCUAUCGCAGCCAUGAACUUCCUCCGGAGGCGUCUAUCCGACAGCAGCUUUGUGGCCAACCUGCCCAAUGGCUACAUGCCGGACCUGCAGCGCCCAGAAAGCUCCAGUAGCUCCCCAGCAUCCCCGGCCACCGAGAGGAGGCACCCUCAGCCCUUGGCUGCCUCCUUCUCUUCUCCAGGAUCCAGCCUGUUCAGCUCCUUCUCCAGUGCCAUGAAACAGACCCCACAGACCCCCUCGGGGUUAAUGGAAACACCAACUCCUGUCACACCCGUGGUUCAGAGACCCAGGAUCUUGUUGGUGAUUGAUGAUGCCCACACAGAUUGGUCAAAGUAUUUCUACGGGAAGAGAGUGAACGGUGACAUUGAGAUCCGUGUGGAGCAGGCAGAGUUCUCUGAGCUGAACCUGGCUGCUUAUGUUACCGGAGGCUGCAUGGUGGACAUGCAAGUUGUGAGAAAUGGCACCAAAAUCGUGAGGUCCUUCAAACCGGACUUCAUCCUGGUUCGACAGCAUGCCUACAGCAUGGCCCUGGCUGAGGACUACCGCAGCCUGGUCAUCGGCCUUCAGUAUGGAGGGCUUCCUGCUGUCAACUCUCUCUACUCCGUAUACAACUUCUGCAGCAAGCCCUGGGUGUUCUCUCAGCUCAUUAAGAUCUUCCAUUCUUUGGGUCCUGAGAAGUUUCCACUCGUGGAGCAAACAUUUUUCCCCAACCACAAGCCAAUGCUCACAGCGCCGCACUUCCCCGUGGUGAUCAAGCUGGGACAUGCCCAUGCUGGCAUGGGAAAGAUCAAAGUAGAAAACCAGCAUGACUACCAGGACAUCACUAGUGUGGUGGCGAUGGCCAAAACCUACGCCACCACUGAAGCCUUUAUCGACUCCAAGUAUGACAUCCGCAUACAGAAGAUUGGAUCCAAUUACAAGGCAUACAUGAGAACCUCCAUCUCUGGAAACUGGAAGGCCAACACAGGUUCUGCCAUGCUGGAGCAGGUGGCCAUGACAGAAAGGUACAGGCUAUGGGUGGACAGCUGCUCAGAAAUGUUCGGUGGCCUAGACAUAUGUGCUGUCAAGGCUGUCCACAGCAAGGAUGGGAGAGAUUAUAUCAUCGAGGUCAUGGACAGUUCAAUGCCUCUGAUUGGAGAGCAUGUCGAAGAGGACAAGCAUUUAAUGGCCGAUCUUGUUGUCUCCAAAAUGAGCCAACUCCUGGUGCCAGGGGGCACGGUGCCCUCACCCCUGAGACCUUGGGGCCCACAAACUAAACUUGCAAAAUCCCCAGGGCAAGGCCAGCUGGGACCUCAGCUAGGACAGCCCCAGCCAAGGCCGCCUCCCCAAGGGGGCCCUCGUCAAGCUCAGUCUCCCCAGCCUCCCAGAUCUAGAAGUCCAUCCCAGCAGAGGCUUUCCCCACAAGGCCAGCAGCCUGUGAGCCCUCAGUCAGGAUCUCCACAGCAGCAGAGGUCACCAGGCUCUCCGCAGUUAUCCAGGGCAUCUGGUGGCACUUCUCCAAACCAGGCCUCCAAGCCAUAUCCCCGGCCACCCGUGCAGGGCCGCAGCACCUCCCAGCAGGGUGAAGAGCCCCAAAAGUCAGCACCACCUCACCCCCACCUCAACAAAUCUCAGUCCCUGACUAACAGCCUCAGUACAUCAGAUGCCUCCCAUCGAGGGACCCCAAGUGAAGACGAGGCCAAGGCUGAGACCAUCCGCAACCUGAGGAAGUCCUUUGCCAGCCUCUUCUCCGACUAGCCUCCUCCUCGGGCUGGAGAGCAGGAGGGCAGGAAGACAUGAUGACUGGAGACUUUCUCUGGCUCCCUCCUUCUCAGCCUCGGUUCCUGGUGGAAACACACUUCCUAGAUGCCUCUGACCCAGGAACUGACGAUCUACGCGCAUUCCCAUCUCCUUGACCAUGACAUUCCAAUGCCCUGGGCUCCUCAGGGCGGGCGUUCUAGACAGAUAAGACAUCACUACACCCACCAUAUGCUUGCUCCCCUGCCGAUGGUACCCAGUGAGAUGUCUGUGUGGCUUGGUUUUGCAUUCUUAUUAGUGUUUUGUUUGCCUUUGGGCAGAGGCCCCCUUUGAAGCCUUGACUCACCUCCAUCGAAUGCAGACAUUGUAGUCGGACCUCAGCAACACAAGAGGCAAUACUUUUUAAUGGUGUUUUUGCAGACAGAAAUAGGGAAGCCCAGCCUAGGAGCCUACUACACACCCAGAGCAAUCUAGUGCCAUCCUUGCUGGGAGUAGGCUGACAAAGGCCCCAUCGCAGCUGGACCUCCUAGGGAUCUUGAUGCUGAAAGAAAGAAGCUAGACCCUAUGCAACAAGUGGGGCCUUUCAGAACAGAGUAGAGGGACCCCCACAUAAUGCUACCCAGGCUUAGAACCAACAGCAGGAAUCCAGAGAAGAAGAGCCUGUGCCCCCUGUGGAGAGAGUCAUAGGAUUGUGUCUCUUUGACCUCACACAGAAUUUGCUUUAUCCUCCUUAAGGUUAGAUGGGAACCCAGAGAGAGUGGGUAGCUCCCUGUUGCAUGAGAAGACAUCGUGAGGGGUUCUAUAUGGUUCAGCAUUCUACCUGCUCUGAACAAGGUGUCAAUAAUGUAAAUAAUGCAAAUGCCUCCGUGUUUACAAAAGGUCUGGUGGGACAACCUUCAGAAACAGUGCAUGUGUUUCUCUUUGUGGAACACAGGACACACAUUGAAGCCUUUUAGAAUCUCUUCCAGAAAAAGUUUCACUCCGACCUUGUCUCGGCCAUUAUGACUCAGAUGGUUGGCUGCAGAGCUAGGCAAAGUGGUCCUGACUCCCCUUCCAGUGCACGUAUGCUCCUUCCCCUGCACCAGACUGCUCCCGGAUCGUAUCACCAAGCACCUGGUGCUAGAAACACUGUAGGUGCCAGAAGCAGCAUCCUGAUCCCGAGACGACCCAGGAUAUCAGAACACAGCCAUGCCGAUCUGCACAGCGCCCUCAGCCACCUGAGGUGUGUCUUCCCUGCACGCUGCAAGGGAGAGAAGGCUUAUUAACCGAAGCAGUUUCUGGUUAUGCUCAAGUUCUGCGUAGCUUUGGUGAUCAUCUAAGGUUUUUCCAGGUCUCCAGGAACACAGAAACAGCCACUAUGGUCUCUGGGGAGUUUUCUGCUUGUUUCCUUGGAACAGAGUUUCAUUCAGCAACUCGGGCUGAACGUAGCCCAAGCAAGUCUCAAAAUCAUGGUGACUCUUCUGCUUUAUCAGCCUCCCAAGUGCUGAGAUUUCCUGAAUGAACCACCACACCCAGCAAGCGUUCAUCAUUUUUUUUUAGUCCUUCCAGCUCAGACUGGAGUAACAAAGACAAGGGUAGAGACCCUCUCCUACCUUGGCUCACUUAGAACCUUGCAUUUCUGCAGAAUUGCACCUUCAAGCUGGUUUCCAGAAGGGAUUAGCUCAGCAUCCAAAGUGGCAACUUUGGCCCUGGCUGCAGAGAUCCAUUUGGCCCUCAGGGUCAUCCUCUUCCUCCUUGCUUUCUCCCUCCGUCAUGAUCAAGUCAAUAUGAAGAGCAAGCGCGCUGGUUAUUUCAGAAGCCCUCCUUGGCCUCUUUCCAUAUCCUUGGUUUGGAGGAAUAAACAGCUGAUGUGAUUCUACAUUGGGAAGGUCCAGAGACCACUGAGACCUUGGUUUGGAGCUGUAGACUACAGGGCUUCGCCUAGUUGGAACGGACUAGACUGAGGAGCAAAUACCCUAUGGUGUGAAGUGAGGCAUGAACGGCUGGAGGUCUGCACUUCCCAGUACCAACCAAGCCCAACCUCUUUUAUUCCUAAGUUCCAGUGAGUUCAGUGUGUGCAGGACGGUCCCUGGGGCUUGCCUACACCUACUCUGCCCACGUCGUCCUCAUUUUGCUCAACUGCUCUUCGAUCACAGAAUGAGGCUGGCAAAAGCUUCCAGAAUUCUUCUCGAGGAUGAUGGGGAUAACCCAGAACUUGGAAAGACACUUGGCACAACAGUCAGCAGAUUCUCCUGUCCCUCACCCACUCCCUGAUGAGGGAAGAGGAGGUCUUGAGGCCAGCACCCCCAGCCAUGAUUUAGGUAGGUUAUCCAAAGGAAGAAAAAAGGUCAGUCAACGAAUCCACAGAAUAUUGCUGCUGCUUCCUGUUCCUCCUCUGUUUUUAUUUAGCUCUUGCAUCUUUCUCUAGAACCUCUGGAAAAAGCUAGGUGAGGUAGAAAGGAGGAUGGGGUGGGGUAAAACUAGGAAUGUCAAAGAUAGUCUGUUAAGAUGAGUUCUAGAGAAGACGAUGGAUGUUGGCUUUCUGAUUAUCUACCCCAGGAGAUGUGAGUGCCCUUUUCAGGUCCCCCAGCACCCUCCUCCCUUCUCCUUCACACACACACACACACACACACACACACACACACACACACACACGCCUGGCUAAUGACCAAAAUGAACCAUUAAGAUGUAACAUCUUGUCAGGCAUGGUGGUGCACACCUUUAAUCUCAACACUCCAGAGGCAGAGGCAGGUGGAUCUCUGAGUUCGAGGCCAGACUCUACAAGAUCCAGGAAGGCUAGGGCUACAUAGAGAAACCCUGUAUCAAAAAACAAAAAAACAAAAACAAAGGAAGGGAAGGGAGAAAAGAAAGAGAGAAAGAACGGAAAAAGGAAAGGUAACAUCUUAAAACCCCAUUACCCAAUUUCAGAGCAUUCCCUGAUGGCUUGCUUCAGUAAGACUGCUAUUCUAUAUAAGACCUUGAGAAGCCAGGGCUCACUCAUGAGGCCCAUGUGGAGGCAAUCAGGACAAGAGCCUCACAGAAGUAAGGGGCCUGGGCCCUUUGCUCCUGACAAAGAUAGCUGAAGUUGGUCCUGUAGAAAGCUCUGCCCCAGCUGGUAACAGCCUCACACGUGUGUGAAUGUGUUGGCGGGUGACCUUGCAUUCUGGAAAAGGGUAAGAGAGAUGCACUGCUGGGAUAACAUCACAGAGAAGCCAUGCUUUAGGCAGUUAAGAACACAGGGAACACCUGUGGCAGCCAUCGCUCUACCAUAGCCUCACCCAUGUCUCAAUAAUAAAACACAGCUGCAGACACAGAGUGGUACCAGGCAGCAAGAAGUUUCUCAAAGUGUCGGCCCUGGACAGAACGAGGUGUAAAGGCAGAGGCACCUUUGCUUCAGACAACAGGAGUAUGAACCUGUAGUGAGAACGCUCAGAACCCACGGCUGGAUCAGCUUCUGGGUGUUCUGGAGGCCAGCUGAGGCUGGGCUGCCAUUCUGAAGCAGGGCAGGCAUGGAUAUGCCUCGGUCACCAGCCCUGCUAGGGACCUGCCCCUUUGCUAGACAGAACUAGCAGCUCCAUAAAUGACCAUGUGGCCAAAAUGUCCCUACUUUGAUUCUGCCCCUAAAAACAUCUCAGCAUUCAGUGGCAUUCGUCCAGAAUCCCAACUGCAGUAACACAAAUGUCUUUCAAAAUCUGCAUCAGGCCGGACACUCUGAUUUUUAUCAUCAUGCCAGUAUGUCUAGCUAGACCCUGGUGUAACACUAGACUGCAGCCAGCACUUUUAAAUGAUUUCCAACUGGCCUGGGAAUGGAAACAGAGGGCAAGGGUAUAUACAGGUCCCGGUGGGCCACAUCUCUCUCCAGUGGAUUGUUUUCACCCGUAAGCUAGCACUUGUUGCUCCCAAAACUUCAUCCUUCAAUAAUUAUGACAUUUAGAGGUGGAUAAGGGCAAAAGGGGAGGAGUCACUGUAAAUAGAUUCUGAAAGGUUAUAUGAAUUGGGUUUUGCUUUUACAACUUUGACCCAAACAAGAGCAUUUUCCCUCCACGCUGACUUAAGGAAGCUGAAACACAACAAAAACCCAUUCAGUUUGUGUACAGUGACCAGGGACUUCCAAAACAGCCAUGGCAGCUUCCUCCAGGCUGCCUGUCACCAGGACCAGAUGACCCCCCCCCCAAGGCCUCCUGGCUGCUGUAUUCACUUCUAGGAUGCAGCAGACUCUAUUCAUGGAGUAUCAAGAGUGGCAAUUCUUCACGCUCAUAAAAAAAAAAAAAAAUCAGCUAAAAACUUCAUGUCACAGAGUAGCCGCCGCUCCAGGAAGUUCUCUUGUGAAUAUCUGUGACACGCCCCAAAGCAGCAAGCUGGCUGAGUACCUGGGAUCUGGCACAGGAGCUUGGUGCAGUUCAGUGACAGUUAGGUGUUCAGGACUCUCAAGUGACUCUCCUACAAAGUUAGGAAAUCAGUAACAUGUACGUGACAGAUUAAGAUUGGAGAUUCUCUUUCUCCCCUCCCGCCAUCCCCAAAGACCUCCUUUGUACUGCAUCUAGACAGGAAGGGUAACAGAUAGAAUGAGAGGGAGACACUAGCCCCUGGGGAGCAUAUUCCUAGGGUACACAACUUCCUGGAGGCCAGAGAGUUGCCAAGGUCAGCGUGGGUCACAGGAGGUGGCAGUGGGCAUCCAGGACCAUACUGCUGGCACUCAUGUAGCAAAGGAAAGAAAGUGGCUCUCUACAUGAGAGCCAUGUGGACUGUACCAACCAAACAUAGCUCAGCUUUGUAAACAAGUCCUCGGACAGGGUGUACCAGCUCCCAGCAACGAGCCAGUCAAUAACUUGUCCUUUGUUAUAGCUUAGUGGUCCAUUCUGUAUCAACAGAAGUGUGAGUGGCUGCAGGUUAGUCACAGGUGUUGAUUAAGCAAGUUUUGCACAUACAAGUGGUAGCAUUACUGUUACAGGGACCAGCCCACUCACUGUGAGAACCCUUGCACAUGUAUCUCUAGUUUAUCCCAGAGCCACGCUGGCUGAUACAACUAAGCUGGGUCCUAGACCUUAGCAGCUGAUUAAACUGUUUUAAUAUUUAGAGUUUCAUAAGCAGCCGCACUUUGGGCUGCAGUGAAGACAAUGGGGAAGGCUGGGCAACAUGCAAGGCUGAUUGGUCCAUUUGUCAAGCACAGAGCAUAAAGGACACAGAAGCUCUCUUGUGUUCCCACAGAACACAAGCUGAGAUUGAAGAAACAUGCACACUCAGCCUUCAUAUUCAGAUCUAACUAGUAGACCCCGAGGAAAAAAACAAAAACACCCACGGCUUUUCAUUGAGUCUCAAACAGACUCGAGUUAACACCUCUUACACUCAACACUUUACUUCAGAAACAAGUGUUAAACUCACUUGGGAUUCCCAGUAGAGAAAACAACAAGUCAGCUUGAAUUAAGCCUUUAGGGGCUGGAGAGAUAUAGUUCAGUCAAUCGAGGGUUUGCAGUGCAAGCCCAAAGACCUGCAUUCCACCCAUGCUGAAAAGCUGGGCAAGGUGGUGAGCACUUGUAAUCUCAACACUGGGGAAACAGACAGGUAGAGCCUUAAAUGGCCAGUCGGUCUUACCUCAUCAGAGUUCCUGCAGGCCAAGGGAGACAAAUGUGUACACACAUCUUUCCAUGACUUGCCUAGCACACUGCAAUAACCUCAUCCGUGCAAAGUAUUGACAGAGCCUUGCCCGCACUAGGGCACAGCAGAGCACCUGCCCAGCUCUUCUCCAAGGCUCAGAUCAGCAGAGUAGGAGGAAGACAGACCUGGGAACCAACUCUGAACAGAAGAAGAAAAGGGAGGAGUAUCUGGCUCCACUGGUUAAGAAUUAAGGAGACAUCAAGUUAAACAGUGGCCUCAGAAACUGAGAAAGAAGGAAAGAGCUAGAGAAUUCAGGAUUUUACACAGGGAGUCACGAGUUGGAAAGGGUUCUUGCCCAGACUGAGUUACCAGCCAUGCUCAAUGGGCAUUUUCUGUUUAUAGUGGUAUGGGGAGAAGCAAGCUCCCAUUACUAAAAGGUGACUAUAGGAGGUUAGGGGCCAAGAAAGAUGGAAGGCUACUACAAGCCAGUGCACUGGAGCUGCACCAUUCUCAAGCACUUGCGAGAGGCUUCUAGGCUUUCCUGCUCCCGUUACAAUGCAUGGAGAUGACAUCACAAAGCCACACAGCGAAGAAGCCGCUGCCAAGUCAGGAUUCCACCCAUUAUGUUAUCAGCAAUACACAAAAGCUCAAAGUCUAAAGACAAGGAUGCAAGAUUUUCUAAGCUUCUAAAUAUAAAAUUACCUGCUAGUCAAGAGAAAAUGCUUUGAGGUCUCUUUAAUAAGAAUUUUUGAGAGGUGCCUAAGUUUAGAUUUAGAGCACUCUUUCAGCAUCUCAAACUUGCAACAUCUGCCAAUCAAGUUGAGUGAGGGUGGACAGGCACCAUCAGGGGCUCCCGGGCCCAUCUGGAAAUGGCUGUGUUCUGAAAACUUGUAUUUGGUGCUCUGGUCUUCCGUUUCCCAUGCCACACGUGCAUACACACGCACUACAUGGGGCAACAACGUCCAGCCACAAAGACACGUUUUGAAGUGGAAUCUUCAUGGUGACCCUUUCAACCACACCCAAAUGAAGCCUAUGGCAUUCGGUGGGCAUUAAGAAGACUGUCCUAUAGAACACAGAAACCUAAGCAGCCCUGAUCCUCUUCUUCGUUAAAGAUCACAUAGCUUAUAGAAAUAUCAGACUGAAUUUUCUUCACUGUGAUGCAAAGACUCGAAACACAUGUGUAGCAAAGUCUCAUUUGAACACGGGACUAAUAUUCCUGCAGCAUACAUUCUAAGCCAUUUCCUAAUAUGCAAAACAGGUUUUUAAAAUCAGAAGACAGUGGCACUAGUCCUAUUUCCUGCAGAUGCUAACGCCAUUUUAUUCCUGUGCAGCAGUUCUGAUUUAAAUUUGUCACUAUAGCAUGUUCCUAUAGUUAUUCGUGAAAGUCAUUUGUGUUUGGGCGUU